AUGAUGAAUUCGAAAUCGAAGAGUCCCCGCCCGUCAAGUAGAGAGACGAGCUACUUCGAGGGCAAGUUGGACUUCAAAUGGCCCUCGAUUAUGAGCGGCCUGAGCACUCGAAUCCCACAAGAAGGCGAUAGAGCGCCGAUUUUCAAAGAUUCGGUUUUUGUGAAAAUCUUGGAGGAUGGAAGUCUCCACCAAAGAAAAAUCAUCCAGAAGCCUCUUGGCUCGGCAAAGUUCUUGGAAACGAUCCUGGCCCCGUUCAAUAUUUCGUAUCCAAAAGUCACUAAUGUCGUCGAAGAUACGAUUAUCAACAGAGAGGGCAAGACCUGCUGGAUGUGGAGUAGAAAUCUUCAGACAACCUUCCCGACUUACAUGGGAAAGACUGAGUACGAAUGGCUUGAAAUAUCCGAAAAAGCGUCUUACAUCGGCGACCACUCGCCCCAGGCAAAGCCGACUUUUGUGUUCAAGAAAAUGGAGGCAAACUCGUACCUCGACGGGAAGCUCAAGCUCCUCGGGUUGCCAAAGAUCAUGACGAAAAAUGGCGCCAACCGAUGGAAGACACGAUCUUCCGGCCAGAUAGAAACGCUAGUUCAAGAGAUUACGAACAUGUCCCCUAAUUGUAAAAUCCCAGUUUCCCCGUUGAUUUCGGGGAAGAAUAAAGUAGCUUAA